CAGCAGAGAAAAAUGACAGUUUUUAUUUUUAGUAAGAUCAGGCAGGCACAGCUGAAAUGCCCAUCCCCUCAUCAUUACUCCGCAUCUACAGCCAGAUAUUCAAACCGGCAAAGACCAGAAAAAUGCCACUCAUCUCCAACUUCCAGCUCCCCACGUCGGCGAACCUCCUCGAGGUCCCCACCGACAAGAAACUGUUCCUCGCCUUUAUCUCGUCCGCAGACCCGGCUACCGGACAAGCGUGGUGUCCGGAUGUCCGUGCCGCAUGGCCUAAAAUUGAAGAAGCGUUCUCCAGCGAGCAAGGUCCGCAAGUUGGGGUUGUUGAAGUAGGACAGAAGCCUGAAUGGAAAGACCCACAAAAUGCCUACCGGACUAGAUGGAAUGUGAACAACAUUCCUGCGCUGGUGCGGUAUGAGUCUGUUAAUGGGGAGGUUGUGGAGACGGGAAGGCUUGUUGAGGGCGAGAUUCUCGAUCAGGAGAAGCUGAAGCAGUUUAUUAGUUCGAGGUGAGGGGUUCGCAUGUAUUCUAGUAUGAUGAUAUGAACUCUUUUGACUGCGAUGAACUAUUUAAUGCAUUGAUGUGCUUGUGUCUGGGUAGCGGUGAGAGUGCGAUUGCAUGUCACGUGUCAUGCAUGAAGUUGCGUAAGGACAGAUGUAUUCGGAUAUCUGACCAGAAGUGAU